GGACUUCAAUAAAUAUAAUGGAAGAUGAAUAUUUCGGUGAGGAUAAUUAGAAAAAAGAAAAUGACCGAAAUAAAUUUAUAAAUCCAGAAACUAUAAAUAGACUAAGAGAUCACUAAGUUACUUUUAAUUUAGGUAUUUUUUUAGAGUUCUUUUGGUAUCAUAUAUUAUUCUAUGUAUUUUUGGGACCUUUAGUUAAUUUAAUUUAUCUAAAAAGACUUAAUUUAAUGGGUAAUUUAGGGUUUUUUGGAAAUAGUUUUGAUUUUUAUUUCCAGACAUUUUUUUAUAUUAAUAAUAUGGUAAAUAUAAGUUUGUAUUUUUUAACUACAAAUUAAAAUGUCUAUUUUUUAGAAAUUCUUUUUACUAUUUUUAUUAUAAUACUUAGAUGUUAUAUUAUAGCAGCAAAAUAUGCAACUUUACAUGAAGAUAAAAUUUAAUUAUAUAAAAAUUAUUAUAUAGAAAGAUAAUAUAGAAUAUUAGAUUUUUAUUUAAAAAAUUGGGCAUAGUAAAAUUAUUAAACUAUAUAUAGAGAAACUUAUAAUUCUAUAUAAAGAGGAGAAAUUGAUUAAGCAUUAUUUUAUAUUUCAUUUUUUGUUGAUCCAAAUAAUUAAAUAUAAACAGAAAUUGAACAAAUGAACAAUGAAUUAUCAAAAUAACAUAAAUAUACAUCUUCUAAAUUCUAAUCAAACUCAUAUAAUCAAGUAUAGAAUGGUAAAAUGUUUUAUGGAUAUGGAAUAAUAGGAUAUAUAAUAUAAUAAUAUAAAAAAACAUAAAUAUAUUCGAAAUCAAUACCAUAUUUAUGUAUAAUUUUAGCGUUAGUAAGAUCUUCAAUACCUAUUGCUUUUCGUUAUUUAUAUUAAAAGAAUAUAAAUUUAUGUAAUUAUGAAGUAAUAUAGUUAGCAAUGUUAUUUUUUAAUACAUUUUUAGGUUACAGUAUAUCAUUUGUAUUUUUAUUUAAUUUCAUUCGAGAUUUGAAAUUAAAGCUUUUUUGUUAACUAUAAUGUUAAUUAAUGCUCUAAGUAAAAAAAGAACAUAAAGCAGAAAAAAAAUGCCUUCCUACAAUAGAUAUAACAAAUCCGUAUUCAUUAAAAUCUUGGUCUAUUUUAAGAAGAAUACUUUUAGAUUAUGGAAAAUCUUAUUUUUUGAGAUUAUAGUCUUAUUUGUCUUUUUAUUUAUUUUAUAUUUUAUUUAAUCUAAUUUUAGUGUUUUUAUGGGUAACUAAUUUAUAUCAACUGAAUCUUAUUUAUCCAUUUAUUUGCUUUUAUGAACUUACGGUUACUUUUUCGAUUUUACUAUAUAUGCUUUUCUUGGGUGCUUUAAUAAAUGAAAAAUUCGAAAAAUUUGAUAUUAUUUUGGGAGACCAUUAAAUAAUUUUUAAGGAUAUUUUGAGAAUGGAAGAAAUUUACUCUGAUAAUGAAAAUUAAGGAAAAAUUAGUAAUUUUGUAUUCAAAAAAUCUAUUUUUAAAAUAAAAUAAUAUGUAAAUGACAAUAAUAUUUUAUUCAAAGAACAUUUGAACAGUUUAUUGGAUGGAAUUGAAAGUUGUAAAUUAGAACUUUAAUAAGAUUCUAUUAAUUAACCUUUAACUUUCUUCGGAAUCAAAAUUACACUGCCUUUGUUUUAAUCUAUUGUUGCUGGAUUAACUACUGCUUUUGUGGCACUGGCUUAAGUUUAUUUAUAGAUACAUUAAUAAAAAAAUAGUCCUUUAUGA